CUUGCUUAUCACGCAACAACCUGCCGCCGCAUUGGAUGACCUCGCUGCUUCACAUUUUGUGCGAUGCAGAGGAGCCCGGAGCCUGGAACGGAGACAGGCGCCUGCAGAAGUACAACUGCACUGGUCGCCAAAGAGCCAGGAGUUAGGACGCUUCAAACAGGCGGCAUCGAUGAGAAUGGCUGGUACUCCAAGAAUGGGGCGCUUGUCCAGCGAUCACAGGAGACACCUGAGCAUUUGCCCUUCGGCCAGGUUUCUGCUACUCAACAAGGUUUCAUGGACCACGUGCAAGCUGGCCGCGUGGAUCGCGUUGAGGACCUGCUGGAGUUUCAUCGAGACAAGAUUGAGAUUGAUUUCCAAGAUGCCUUGGGGCAGACCCCCUUGAUGCUUGCCACUUUGGCUGGAAGCAUCGACAUGGUGGAGAUAUUGCUUGAGGCCCGGGCUGAUCCUCAUAUACGAGAGCGGACAGAGAUGGCCUAUACGCCGCUGGAGGCCGCGCAGGUGAUCAUGGAGGACGAGGAUCCUGACUUCGAGGAGUUGGUGCAACUUCUCAGCCGGGCGUCGGGGCAUGAAAGCUUGCCGUCAAAGCGAAGCGACCACGGAUACGAGUUCCGCCGCUAACGCUCAAAGACUCAAAGGCAGAAGGAGGGGGGACUGGUCAUGAGCUUGCGGAGCACCUGAGCUGAGCACCAGCUGAGCCAUGCGUCGGCUCGCAGGAAGGCCGGGGCGACCUCGAGAUGACAGGGCACUGCCCGUGACACCGCGCGCCCUGCGUAUUGGCUUAGC